AAACUAUUUUAUGAUUUUUGACUUCUCUUCCUCUGUGAAUCUGAUAUUUGUUAAUUAGCAAAUAGCCAUCUUGGAUAGGUGUAUUUAAAGGUUUUAGAAAGAGUACAAGAAGAACAAAUCCUUUAUCUCCUAAUUAUUUCCAAUGUGCAAAUAUGACAUAUUAUUUCCUGAGUGUGCUGUUGUGCUGAUUUUUUUCUUAUCGAUGCUCAAACUUCUGAGUUCCACUGGAAUUUGACUGUAGGAGAGAUGUGUUUUGUUACAUGAGGUCUUUACAUAGGUCUUCAAAUUUGGCAGGUAGUACUGACAAGGAACGUGGCAUUAUUACCAGAAAAAGGAAUUAAGAAUCCUGGUUUCAUUUUACUCAUUCAUUUGUUGUGUAUCUUUGGCUUAUGUCCUUUAUUGUUCAGGUCUCAAUUAUCCAUUUUUAUGAUUGGAAUAUAAUAUUUAUAACAUGAUUUACCAAAUCAUAAUUUGCAAUAAAACCUCAGUGCCUCAUAUACAUCAGCAUAAGUCCUUAGUCUUUUUAGAAAACUGCAGGUCUUUCUUGCUUUGAAUUUUAUCUUACCUCUCCAUUUCUAAAUAACUUCUAUUCAUUUGCAUCAGGAAUCUGUUUUGAAACACCUGCCUUUGGAGUAUUAGAAAUUAGUAAUGUGGUUGCCUUUGGACAGAUACCACCCUUAUCAGGUGCUAGUUUUGAUUUGCCCAAAAUCUUGUGAUCUAGAUCAGUAAUUCUUAAUCCUUGCUGCUUAUUAGAAUUAUCUGGAGAGCUUAAAGUAACAACAAAAGCAGACUGCACACCCUGCCCCUACACCAAUUAAAUCAGAGGUAAAGCUUAAGGCACUUUAUUUUUUAAGAGCUUUCCACUAAUGUAUACCCAUAAUUGAAGAUAACUGAUGGAGAUGCUUAAUGUUGAGUGUCAUUCAGCAUUAAUGGAAGCCUAAUAUUUCACAUUAAUGGCAAAAUACAGAAAAGUGAUAAUGAAAAAUCCCAUCAAUGUUGGAAUCAUUAAGUGAUCAGGGUUGAUAAGAGAAGAUUAAUCUCUUCAGAAAUAGUCUGAAAAGAUCAAAACAUCAUCUUCCCAUUUCUAGACUCUGCCUCUGUAGGGUUCUCAACCUCCUAAUCUUCCAUUUUAAGAUCUACAAUCUUAUUGCCAGUCUUUAUUUCUAAAAAGAUGCUUUGAACAGUUUUUAAAAAUAAUUUAUCUGUAAAAUGUUACCUAACAAUAGGAAGCUACUUAUAGUUUUUAUCAUUUUUCACCAGUUUUUUUCUUAUUACCUUAUAUUUAGGAUUUCAGUUCUUGACUCUUAAAUACUUUAUUUUAGAUACUUUUAGUUAAAAGCUCAGGAUUUUACAUUGAAACUGAGUUUGAACACAGUUAGAAAAAAUACUGGUCUUAAACAGAACUGGCUUGGCCAAGCCACUUAAUCUCUUUGAUUCUCCAUAUCUGUCAGUAAAAUUGGAAUAACAAGAAUGAAGUGUAGUAGCUCAUACCUGUAAUCCCAGCACUUUGGGAGGCUGAGGCAGGAGGAUCCCUUGAAUUUGGGAGUUCAAGAUCAACCUGGGCAGCAUAGCAAGACCUCAUAUCUACAAAAAGAAAGAAAGAAAAAAAGAAAAAGAAUAAUACUUCAUAAUAUUGCUGGGAGAGUUAGAACUAUGUAUUAAAUGUUAUUUAAUAUCAGGGACCUAGUCAACAUUUAACACAAGUUAAAUAUUGUUUUUGUUGUUGAUUCUGAUGAAAUCUUGGUCCUCCUUCUUCCUUUUUCCAGUCAUCAAAUUUUCUGGAUGCCUACUAUGUUACCGACAUUGUGGUAUGUGCCAGGAAAAAAGCCAUGAAUAAGAGAGAUGCUAUCCUUGUCUUUCAUGAGCUUUCCUUGACUCCUCUAUUAGAAGCAUUCCAAACUAAAACUGACUAAUUGAGUGGGUCCUUACAUAGAUACACAUGCACUCACAAUGAUAGGAUUAAGAAUUCCUCUAGUUUAUUAUUUAUUCCUAAAAAAAGAAUUGUUUUCUGUCUGCCUUAUUAAUUGUAUCCUUCUUUUCAAUUUCUGCCCUAGCCACAAAUAUGAUUUCUGACAUAACGUGUUUCAGGAAAACUAUCACUAUUGUGAUAGUUCUGUCAUAUGCUCCUGUUCUGUGCAUUCUCUGAACUCUUUUCUCAUGUUCUGUCAAAAUAUCUCAGGGAGACCAGCUCAGUCCUUCUCAGAUUCCUAAUUUAGCCUACCUCUAGCUACAGAAAAAAAUGAGUAUUACUAGAUAGCCCUGAGGAAGUGGAUUUUUGGUAGUUGUCUUAGGAACAGAAAGGAGGUAAACAGAAGUUGAUGAAUAUCUACAGUUAGAGGGGAUGAGGUUGUGGUUCAUCAACUGGAAACUACUUUCCUGGGAGACCCCAAUAUUUUUCCUGUUCUUAUCUUCCUGGAUGGAACCCCUUCGAUGAGGUUGCUGCCCUAUUAUUCUGAAAGUGCCCUGAGUCCUAAGCCUUAGGAUAUUUAAGGCAUGACUAUCACUACUCUCUCGGCCAAGGUUCUCUUUUCAUUUUUCACUGGAGUCCCUUAGGUCAGAUCUAAUGAAGUUCAGUUUUAAAGAUCAACCAACUGUUACACAUUUAACAUCUCUCAAGUAUGAGAUAAGAUUUUAAAAUUAUCUCCACUUGACAUGGGUAAUUUAUCUGUGUUUUCAUUUGUCUUUUUUUUUCUUUAUAUACUACCUCUUCAUAGGAUUGGAAAAAUUGAACUUUUUUUUCAGUCUGUCUCUUUUGUUCUAACCUUAAAUGUAGGUAUUUCUCUGUCUUCUUUGUUUUACAUUCUCUGAAGAUGAACUCUUCUAUACUCUAAGACUGACUCAAAUUUUCAUCUCAACUGCAGAGCUUUUUCCUAAUUUCCAGUCUCAUAUAUAUGUUUGCUCAUGCAAACUCACGUUGGAAGUUCCAUUAGCAUAUCACAUUUGCUAUGUCCAAAACUGAACAAAUUAUCUCCCUAAUACCUAUGCUGAAUCUAUCCUUCUUCCUGCAUUUCUUGCCUUUAAGAAGUUAAUGUUAUUCACUUUACUCAUUUGUAUUAGUCUGUUCUCAUGCUGCUAAUAAAGACUUACCAGAGACUGGGUAAUUUAUAAAGAAAAAGAGGUUUAAUGGACUCACAAUUUAACAUGGCUGGGGAGACCUCACAAUCAUGGCAGAAGGUGAAAGAUGAGCAAAGGCACGUCUUACAUGAUGGCAGGCAAGAGAACCAUGUGCAGAGGUACUCCCAUUUAUAAAACCAUCAGGUCUUGUGAGACUUAUCCAUGGCCAUGAGAAACAGUGGGGUGGGCUGCGAAACCAUACACAUGAUUCAAUUAUCCUCAUCUAGCCCUGCCUUUGACAUGUGGGGAUUAUUAUAUUUCAGGGUGAGAGUUGGGUAGGGAUAUAGCCAAACCAUAGCACCAUUCAUCUUCCAUUCUUCCCUUUCUCUCACCAAGUCUUAUUGUUUGGUUACAUUUCCUGGACUCUCUGGAAAUCAUUACACUCCAUCUUCUGGCCCCCCUAACCUCUUUAAUAUCUAUCACCUUUACUGGGUAGAAAACGUGAUUUUUCUAAAAACAGAAAUUUGAUUAUGAUGUUUUCUUAAAAGCAGUUCUCUCCAUUCCAUCCAUUUGGGACAAAAUUGGUAAAUUCCAAAUUCACUGAAAGAUGUACGAGGCUUUUUAUGGGCAAAUCCUUAACUGACCUUUGAGCCAUAUCAGUUGUCAUUCUCCCCUUGUGCUUUCCGCUCCUGCUGCUCAAGGAUUGACCAUGCCUUUUCUUGCUUUUAUGCUUUUGCAUCUGACAUUUCCUCUCUAUUUUCCCUCCUGUCUACCUGAUCAGAUUCUGCUCAACAGUGUCAUCUUUGGGAAAUUUUCCCUAACAUUUCUCCUGACCCUCUAUGUCACUUUUUUUUUCUUUUAAGAGACAGAGUCUUGCUCUGCUACCCAUGCUGGAGUGCAGUGGCACAAUCACAGCCCACUGCAGCCUUAAUCUCUUGAGCUCAAGCCAUCCUCCCACCUCAGCCACCUGUGUAGCUGGGACUACAGGCAUGCACCGCCACAUUUGACUAAUUUUUGUAUUUUUUAUUUUUUUGUCGGAAGGGGUCUUGCUAUGUUGCCCAGGCUGGUCUCAAACUCCUGGUCUUGAGAGAUCCUCUGGUCUCAGCUUCUUAAAGUUCUGGGAUUAUAGCUGUGAGCCAUUGUUCCCAGGCUGUGUAGCUUUCUUAAUCUCCUGUCAUAGCACAUAUCCGCUCUCCUUUGUGGCUGCCCUUUGACCUCCUAUGUUUCAAUUCUGCUUCUUAAAGGUAAGGGCUUUCUUUUAUUUUGUAGCUACAGCCUUACACAACAUUUGACACAUAAUAAAUUGCACAACUGUCAUUGUGUGGUUCUGUAACUUCUUACAUUCUUUUCAAAGUGAAAAGCUUAAGCAGUCAUUUCAUUUUUUACAUGAAGUUCUUAAAGCAACCCACACUCAGAAAUAUUGGAAUCUUACUUUCCUGAGCAAUAUAUGUCAGAAUUGGGGUUAUCUUUUGGAGCAGAAGUCUCCACUUCAUACUGAAAAGAUACAGGGCACUCCGAUUAGAUAUAUGAUAUGAACUAUGUUCUGCCAGUUUUAUUUAUUCUGCUUAAAAUUUCCUGCCAAAAGCCAGAGAAUGCACCGGAGAACCUGGUUUUCUUAUUUCAAAUUUUGUGAGAACUUUGGAAGAUAAGCUGAAAAAGGUGGUGCCUUUUAAAGAUACCUUCUUAGCAAAUCUAUGAUAAAAAAUAAAAGUAACGAAAGAAAUCAUAACUCUUAUUUCUCAAGUGACAAGCAUUUAAUGUCAGAAUGGCUCACCUAAAGCGACUAGUAAAAUUACACAUUAAGAGACAUUACCAUAAAAAGUUCUGCAAGCUUGGUGCAGUAAUUUUUUUCUUUUUAAUAGUUUUGGUUUUAAUGCAAAGAGAAGUAAGUGUUCAAUAUUCCAAAGAGGAAUCAAAGAUGGAAAGAAACAUGAAAAGCAAAAACAAGAUGUUGGAUUUAAUGCUAGAAGCUGUAAACAAUAUUAAGGAUGCAAUGCCAAAAAUGCAAAUAGGAGCACCUGUCAGGCAAAGCAUUGAUGUUGGUGAGAGACCCUGUUUGCAAGGAUAUUAUACAGCAGCAGAAUUGAAGCCUGUUCUUGACCGUCCACCUCAGGAUUCAAAUGCACCUGGUGCUUCUGGUAAAGCAUUCAAGACAACCAAUUUAAGUAUUGAAGAACAAAAGGAAAAGGAACGUGGGGAAGCUAAACACUGCUUUAAUGCUUUUGCCAGUGACAGGGUUUCUUUGCACCGAGAUCUUGGACCAGACACUCGACCUCCUGAAUGUAUUGAACAAAAAUUUAAACGCUGCCCUCCCCUGCCCACCACCAGUGUCAUAAUAGUUUUUCAUAAUGAAGCAUGGUCCACAUUGCUUAGAACUGUCCACAGUGUGCUCUAUUCUUCACCUGCCGUACUGCUGAAGGAAAUCAUUUUGGUGGAUGAUGCUAGUGUAGAUGAGUACUUACAUGAUAAACUAGAUGAAUAUGUAAAACAAUUUUCUAUAGUAAAAAUAGUCAGACAAAGAGAAAGAAAAGGUCUGAUCACUGCUCGGUUGCUAGGAGCAUCAGUCGCAACAGCUGAAACGCUCACAUUUUUAGAUGCUCACUGUGAGUGUUUCUAUGGUUGGUUAGAACCUUUGUUGGCCAGAAUAGCUGAGAACUACACUGCUGUCGUGAGUCCAGAUAUUGCAUCCAUAGAUAUGAAUACAUUUGAAUUCAACAAACCUUCUCCUUAUGGAAGUCACCAUAACCGUGGAAAUUUUGACUGGAGUCUUUCAUUUGGCUGGGAAUCACUUCCUGAUCAUGAGAAGCAAAGAAGGAAAGAUGAAACCUACCCAAUUAAAACACCUACUUUUGCAGGAGGACUUUUUUCCAUAUCAAAAGAAUAUUUUGAGUAUAUUGGAAGUUAUGAUGAAGAAAUGGAAAUCUGGGGAGGUGAAAAUAUAGAAAUGUCUUUCAGAGUAUGGCAAUGUGGUGGGCAGUUGGAGAUUAUGCCUUGCUCUGUUGUUGGACAUGUUUUUCGCAGCAAAAGCCCUCAUAGCUUUCCAAAAGGCACUCAGGUGAUUGCUAGAAACCAAGUUCGCCUUGCAGAAGUCUGGAUGGAUGAAUACAAGGAAAUAUUUUAUAGGAGAAAUACAGAUGCAGCAAAAAUUGUUAAACAAAAAACAUUUGGUGAUCUUUCAAAAAGAUUUGAAAUAAAACACCGCCUUCAGUGUAAAAAUUUUACAUGGUAUCUGAACAAUAUUUAUCCUGAGGUGUAUGUGCCAGACCUUAAUCCUGUUAUAUCUGGAUAUAUUAAAAGCGUUGGUCACCCUCUAUGUCUGGAUGUUGGAGAAAACAAUCAAGGAGGCAAACCAUUAAUUAUGUAUACAUGUCAUGGACUUGGGGGAAACCAGUACUUUGAAUACUCUGCUCAACAUGAAAUUCGGCACAACAUCCAGAAGGAAUUAUGUCUUCAUGCUGCUCAAGGUCUUGUUCAGCUGAAGGCAUGUACCUACAAAGGUCACAAGACAGUUGUCACUGGAGAGCAGAUAUGGGAGAUCCAGAAGGAUCAACUUCUAUAUAAUCCAUUCUUAAAUAUGUGCCUUUCAGCAAAUGGAGAGCAUCCAAGUUUAGUGUCAUGCAACCCAUCAGAUUCACUCCAAAAAUGGAUAUUUAGCCAAAAUGAUUAAGUGUUCCUUAAAAUUAAGGAGUUGAAAAAGGAGAUAUUCUUUCUCAGAAAACUGUGACUAGGCAUACACUGUAGUUUUCAAAAAUUAUGCAAAAGCAGCUAAUUGUAACUUAUUCCAAAUGCAUUUUUCUUAUUUAUAUCUUAAAAUAUCUAUGUAGCACUACUACAGAAAUUCUGCAAGUUUCUGUUUCAAAGCACAAUAACUAGUAAUACCAAAGACUAUUUCAAAAUGUCCAGAUGUAGGGGAAGAGAUGUUUACAGUAUGAUGAAAAUAAUUUUCCAAGUGAAGUGGUGUUUGUGUGUUUUGUACACUUAGGGAUAUAUAUAACUACAUUCACACACUCACAGUUUAAAAUAUUUCCCCUAGCUUUUUGGGGGUAUAGAAAGAAAGAUUUGUUACUGUAUUUUUUUAACUACAUAGAAGUGGAUAAAUGAAGGUCAACUUUGGCCUCUAUGUAUAAACCAAGAAAUUUUUACAGAGCUAGAAUUUAUUAUUUUAAAAUGCAGGUGAACUUUUUUUGCCUUUGGUUUACUUGUCUGUCAAAUGUUUUCUUAAACAUGAAACUGAAUAAGGAGAGGAAUAUUUUUAUCACUUAAAUUUCUUGGCAAAUUUUAAAAUAUUUUUAGUCUGCAGCUCACUCCACUUGAAGCAUUUAAGUCUUCCUUACAUGACUUUUCUUAAGUAACUAUACUGUGUAUUUUCCAAAGCACUUUUUAAAAAUUUUUUAUAAAUUACUAUCUGUUGAAAAUGUGUCAUUUUCCUUUCUCUAGUAUUUCUUUUCUUAUCAAAAUUCACUAAUCUUGAAUGUUUGUGACAAAUGCAGAAUACUUGACUCAUUUAAAGCUAAAUUUUAUUACUGAAUCAAUUUUAAUUGUAAUGGAUUUUUGACCUUGUAAUGGAUUCUUUUCAUCAAAUAAAGCCUUAUUUUUAUGUGGAAAACACAAUAAAAAUCCUCAACACUAUUGUAA